UUGGCGGGGUGGUUUCAAAUUUGUAAGCACAAAAUGUCUUUGAGGAGCUUCCUUUUUGGUUCUGUGGCAUCUUACGCGUCUGUAGUUGUGUAUUACAUGGUGACAAAGGACGGGACAUAUUCAGAACCGUCCCCUGAGCUGGCUAGCAAACAUAUCCUCACCCAUGGCAUCCCUGACAGGGGACCUAACAUUCAUGUCUACGACAACCAUGUCUUAGCUUAUGACCAGGCAAAGAAAACUCCUAUUUGGGUGGCAGAAAGGAUAACACAAGGGCACGUUGAUGGCCCAGCUGAUAGAAAAAACAUCAGAUUCAAGCCUGACCCAGAGAUAUCGACCCAAUUCAGUGCGGAUAACUUGGACUACCUGAGGAGUGGAUGGUCUCGAGGUCAUAUGUCACCUGCCGGGGAUAACAAGCACUCCCAGGAGGCCAUGUCUCAGUCUUUUUAUCUGUCAAACAUCGUACCUCAAAACCUGGAGAAUAAUGCCGGCUUCUGGAACCGUCUAGAAAUGUACUGCCGUGAGCUGACACAACGAUACCAUGCUGUUACCAUAUUUAGUGGACCUCUAUCUCUCCCUUCUCCAUCAGACAAUGGUAAAUUGGUUGUCACUUACCCAGUAAUUGGGAAAAAUCAGGUUGCAGUCCCAACUCAUUUAUAUAAAGUCAUCAUUGUGGAGGAUACAAAUUCAAACCCUGUAGCUAUUGGCUCAUUUAUAGUGCCAAAUGAGCCAAUUGGAUUUGAGCAUGCCUUGACAGAGUAUCAAGUACCUCUGGAUGAUGUUGAAAGAAAGACUGGAGUCACAUUCACGCCUAAGCUUGACACUUCACAUCUUGGUAAUCUGUGUGAGAUAGACUCUUGUAAACUCAUGCCAAAAAGAGAUUUUGAUUCAUAUUUUAUUGGUAGACGUUUGAAAAGUGCUCAGAAUAGGCAAAGUUUCGAAAAAGCUUGGAAUGAACUUGAAGUCAAAAACAUACCUCCUUCCCAAUACCAUAUUGAUUUAUAUAGACAUAAGAUGAAAGAAUUUGAGGAGAAAGAGAGAAAAAAUCCAGAGGAAUAAAAGUAGUUAUGCAAUCUAUAAAAUGUUUGGAAUAAGUUUACACAUUCUAAACUCUGUGGCUCGAUCUGUAUCAAACAGAUGGUGGGCUAUUCAAAUCGCUCUUCAUUCCUUGUCCGUCAUCGUCCGUGUGACAUUGAAUUUCACAGGAUGGUUCCCCAUGGUCCCUAGUGAUGCAAUGCAUAUCUUAUUUUGAGUUGAUUGAAAAAUUAGGAUGGCCGACAGGGCAAUUAAUCUUGAAUUUAGAGUGUUAAUGUUUGUUAGUACUAUUUCUCUGAAAGUACCAAAGGAAUCUUUCUAAAAUUUCACAUUAAGAUUUCCCAUGGUCCUUAAUUGUGCAUUUUCACCUUUGAGACUGAUUAGAAGAACAGGUUGGCUUCCAGGCAAACUGAUCAAACAAAGAAGAGAAAAGAUUGAACUGACAUAAAGAUGGUAUGAUUGUGGGCCCCAAGAUCUCUCUGUGAUCUCUUGUUAAAAUAAGAUGACAGUAAAUUGUUUUACUACAGGAAAAAAUAUUGGUGUGCAGUAUGAGAAAUUGUUGUGUUAUAAACAUUUUGGAUCACAAUGAAGAAUAUAGAUGUAUAAAUACGGUUACAGCUGUAUGUUACUGAUAAAGCUUUCAGUUCAAAUGUUAAAACAUUUUACUGUUAUUUGUUUAUUACCAACAUAUUUUUAUUGUCUAAAUAAAAUGUCUAUUUCCUGUUCCUGUUAUACAUGUACCAACACACUGCCUUGUUGAACAUUACAGGGACUGACACCCAGGGGGAGGAUGGUAGGGGUAAAAUUGUGUAAUUGUUUUAAGUGACUUCCCCUCUAGAUGGAUAUCAACCAUAGAAAGAAGCGUUUUUAGGAGAUUGAAUUCGAUAUUGAGGGGCAGAGUUGAAGGGAUAACUUUGCUUUAUUGGUUUAAGUGACUUCUUUUCUUGAACAAAGAAAAAGAUAUCAGCAAUAUUUGGUAGGAAGCAAUCUCAGAUAGAAUGGCAGACCACCAAUGCAAGGGGCUGUAUGGUAGAGCCAAAAAUGGGUAAUAUAGCUAUAGCACUGACUUCUCCUCUAGAAAUAGAACAUUGUAGACCGUCUACAGUACCAGGUCCGAGGUGUGGCACAAAAUCAGGUUAUACAUGUAACUUAGAAAUAGUUGAAACUAUAUAUACAUGUAUAGCUACCACCCAUAACCAUAAUUACAUUUGCUGAGUAUACACUGUGUACAUUUAUCACAUAAUCGGCCUGUUAUCCAGUGAA